GCUCUUGCUUUGUGGUAAGUCACAUUCUGAUUAAAAUAGAAAUGCUUUUUCCUUGGUAAGGAUCAUCUUUUCAUGCCGAUUGCAUCAGUGCAGAUUUCCUUAUUUACUCUUUCUCUUCUCAAAUUUCCAUUUUUUUCUUUAUCUCUCCCACUCCCACUCAUAAAAUUAGUUUUGUCUUUCUUUCCCCAAAAAUCUUUACUUAAAAUCUUUUUCACCCUUUUGCUUUAACUUUUGUUUGCUCCUCCUCUGGAUCGUAUCAGUAAACUGGAAGAAGAAAUUGUGAGAAAAAAUGGAGAAAACCAAGAUGAUUACGUCUAUGACCUGUUGAAGAAACCCUACUCAGAAUAAGAGUAAAACUCUGUGAUUUUUCUGACUAACAGAGAGAGAGACACCUAAAUGGGCUCAGAGCAGGAUCAGGUUUCUGUUUAAUUCUCUCUAUUUUCGUUUGAUUUCGACUUCUUGAGCUUUUACUUCUCUCUGUCUCAGUUCUAACUUCUUCAGAUUUUAAAGCUUUCGUUUUUUUGGCAAGUUGUUUUUUUUUCCUACUUAGAUCUGACUACUCCGACUCUGUUCACACUAAUGUUCGUUAGGGUUUAUGUUGAAUCUCUCCUUUGAUCAUUAUGUUAUUGUAAAAAUCCCAGCUUUAUGCUAAAUCGAGCUAGUGAUUCUUGAGAAUUGAACAAAAAAGUUUUACAUUUUUCUGAAUUGCCAUUCAAUUAGAAGAAGAAAAAAUUCAACCUUUUACUGGUUAUGAUCUAGAUUCGAUGCGUGUAAGCUAUAAGAUCACCAUUUCGUGCUUUAGAUCCAUAAUCAUUGAUUCACUAUAUGGCAAUUAUCUUCUUGCUUCACAGAUCUCUUUUACACUUACAUGUCAAGUGUCUGAGUGUGUGUGUGUGUCCUUUUGCAGAGGAAAAGGUGGGGAGGUUGUUUAGGAGUGUUCUCUUGUUUCAAGUCACAAAAAGGUGGAAAAAGAAUUGUACCUGCUUCUCGCAUUCCUGAAGGUGGCAAUGUCUCAGCUUCACAACCUAAUGGAGCUCAUCAAGCUGGUGUCUUAAAUAAUCAAGCUGCAGGAGGGAUUAAUCUAUCACUAUUGGCUCCACCUUCCUCUCCUGCUUCCUUCACCAAUUCAGCUCUUCCUUCAACUACUCAGUCUCCAAACUGCUACUUAUCUCUGGCUGCAAAUUCACCGGGAGGUCCUUCGUCGAGUAUGUAUGCCACUGGACCAUAUGCUCAUGAAACCCAAUUAGUCUCACCGCCUGUUUUCUCUACUUUCACCACCGAGCCAUCGACUGCUCCUUUCACUCCUCCUCCAGAGCUUGCACGUCUGACUGCCCCUUCUUCACCUGAUGUACCUUAUGCUCGUUUCUUGACUUCCUCCAUGGAUCUCAAGAACUCUGGUAAAGGUCAUUACAAUGAUCUUCAAGCUACUUAUUCUCUUUAUCCCGGAAGUCCAGCCAGUGCUCUUAGAUCACCAAUCUCUCGGGCUUCGGGAGAUGGGUUAUUGUCGCCUCAAAAUGGUAAAUGCUCAAGGAGUGAUUCUGGCAACACAUUCGGGUAUGACACAAAUGGAGUCUCAACACCUUUGCAGGAGUCAAACUUCUUCUGUCCUGAAACUUUUGCCAAGUUUUACCUGGAUCACGACCCUUCAGUUCCUCAAAACGGUGGAAGAUUAAGCGUGUCGAAGGAUUCAGAUGUGUAUCCUACAAAUGGAUAUGGAAACGGGAACCAGAAUAGGCAGAACAGAAGUCCCAAGCAAGACAUGGAGGAGUUAGAAGCUUACAGGGCGUCCUUUGGUUUUAGUGCAGAUGAAAUCAUCACAACUAGUCAGUAUGUAGAGAUCACUGAUGUGAUGGAUGGGUCUUUUAACACAUCAGCUUACUCUCCAAGCGAUGGACAAAAGCUUCUCAGAAGAGAAGCAAAUUUGCUGAGUCAAACAAGCCCCAAAUCAGAAGCCGAUCUUGAUUCACAAGUUGUAGACUUCCAAUCACCAAAGUCAUCAAAUAGCUACAAAGAUCACAAACAAAGAAACCGGAUCCAUGCGGAUGAAGAGGCUUUAUUGUCGAGAGUGGGGUCUGUAAAAGGAAGCAGAAGCUAUCAUAUUUCAAGCUCUGAUGCAGAGGUCGAGUACAGAAGAGGAAGAAGCUUAAGGGAAAGCAGAGAGAACAGACACAGGAAAGCCUGAUCAAGAACAACAACAACAAGAAGAAGAAAGCCUGAUCUGUUCUUAAAGUCUUCUAAGGUCUAAAAAGUUGAUCUUGUGAUGCUAACUCUUGAGAUAAGAAGUCUAGUUUUUAAGUAUAUAUAGAUAUAUAUAAAUAUAAUUACAGAUGGUUUUUUAGUAGAAUGAUGUUAUAUAUAAGAAGAGAGCAAGGGUGAGAAAGUGAAUGCUUGUUUUUUAGUUUGACAUGGCUUUUUUGUAAGACCCCAUCUUUUAUCUAAUUGCACCAAUCUGUUUGAGCUUCUUUAGUCUCUUUUUAAUGCAUUUGUUAACAACAACUUAAGAUGUUAGAUUGGAGAACUUGUGAAUGUUGUUAAUUCUUGAUUUUUCUAUAUCAACACUAAAGUUUUACAUUAUGUUUU